UUUCUUCAACAAUAACAGAAAGCAGGGGAAAAAAAAGUCCAUGAACAACAGCGAGACUAGGGAUGUUAAGCAAUUAAAACUAUGUUUGCAGAAUUCAUUAAUGAAUAUAAAAGAAAGCUUCUUUUCUAUGCCCCUGCUAUCCUUCAAAGAAGGCCAAGAACUAAAAAAACAAUUUUUCUCUCUCUUUCUAAAGCUUUCUACUUUUUCUGAUUCAAAUAUAAAAAAGAUGUUCUUUGAUGAUCACAAUAAUAAAUAAUAAAACCAAAUGCAUCAUAUUGUAAUCCCAACAGAUGAGGCAUACUAAACUAAGAAUAAAAAUCUCCAGCAAAUGGGGGUUCCUGCAAUUGUAAAUUCAUUUCAUUUCUCUGGUACCCAUUUCUUUUUAUUUUUUCCUAUAUAUCAUCUCUUCUCUCUCUUCCUUUACUUCAGAUGUUAGAGUUUGUGUUACUGUUUAAGCUCUACAGGCUGUAAACUUUCCUUUUUGUUCUCCCUUUUUAUUGACUUCAACCUCUCUGGGCGUUUUUAUGUAAUCCUUACCUGUGUUCUUCUGAACAACAUGGCUGAGGAUUUUGGUGAUGAUCUUAUGGAUAGCUUGCACAUGUCCCCACGGCAAAAGAUACAGAUCUGUAAAGCUAUGAGAGAAGCACAUCCGAACCAUAACGGAUUUUCAUCAAGCAGGAGCAGCUUCGGUGAUUCCUCAGGUGUAGAACCUCAGGAUGCAGAUUACUCGUAUGUUCCCCAGCUCAGUGAUGAGCUAGAGGUCUUGAUCUUGGCUCGAUUUCCUAUGUCGGAGUAUUGGAAACUCUACUUACUAAACAAGAAUUUCUUACAUCUUCUGAGGAGUGGUGAGUUAUUCAAAAUCAGGAGGGAAAUUGGGUUUAAAGAAUCAUCCAUAUUUAUGGCACCUAGUGGGGGAAAAUGUUGGUGGGCAUUUGAUAGGCUAUUCAAGUCUUGCAGAAAGCUCCCAGAGUUACCAUCAUCAGAUGGGUGCCUUAUAAGUGGAGACAGGGAAUCACUUUGUGCUGGGAGCCAUUUGAUUGUGUCAGGCAGGGAGACUGAGGGUCCUGUUGUGUGGAGGUUUGAGCUGGAAACAAGUAAGUGGUUUAAGGGUCCUUCCAUGAUUGAUCCUAGAUGUUUGUUUGCAUCUGCCACCUGCGGUACCUUUGCUUUUGUAGCUGGUGGGAUUGGGAAGAACACCAAAACCUUGAAUUCAGCUGAGAAAUAUAAUCCGGAGACCAAAUUAUGGGAGCUGCUCCCAAGGAUGCGUCAGAAGAGAAAUCUUUGCUCCGGUUGCUUCAUGGAUAACAGAUUUUAUGUCAUUGGAGGGAGAGAUGGGCAAAAGAACGAACUCACUUGCGGAGAGGCUUACGAUCAGGAUAAAAAUGCAUGGGAGUUGAUCCCAGACAUGUUGAAAGAUACGACAAUUGCAACUGGCCUAUCCCCACCCCUUGUUGCCGUGGUGAACAAUGAGCUUUACGGUCUUGAAACAUCUUCCAAUGAGCUCAGGGUCUACCUCAAGAGCAGCAACACAUGGAAGAAGUUGGGACCGGUACCUGUCAGAGCAGAUCUUCAUAGAGGUUGGGGUGUGGCAUUCAAGUCUCUUGGCAAUGAGCUGCUAGUGAUUGGAUUCUCGUCUUCCGGUUCAAGUCAGGCCAUGACCAUCUACACUUGCAGCCCGCAGCCUGACACUGAGGAAUUGCAAUGGAGGUGCAUUGAGGGCUGCAGAGACCGGCUUAACUUCUUUCUUCUCAACUGUACUGUCAUGGUAGCUUGAAUCUGCACUCAACAAGCUUUCAUAGGCUUUUUUCUGAAUAAAAAUCGGAUUGUGGAAGUAGGGAAUUGUAGGAAACCUCCAAAAUUUCCUGAAGAUAAUUGGGUAAAGCUGGAGAACCCUGGUGCUUUUUUCUAUUUCUCUUGUACCUUUUUUUCUUUAUCUUGGCAAGCCAGAGAAACAAGUAAAGCAUAGUUAUGCCAUGGCUCUGUCCUUCAACAUGGUUCCAUUGAUGGUUUUCGAUUCUCCUGGCAACAGGGGGAUAAGGGAGUUACAAAUUCCUAAUGAUCUCAA